AUGGAAUGUAUACCAUAUACUCGACUUAAGAAUAUUACAAAAAUAGCGCAAGGUGGUUUUAGCAAUAUUUAUCAGGCAACUUGGUUAAAUAGUUUUAAAAACGAUCACAUAACCGUAGCUAUUAAAAGUUUUUUCAAUUCGCAAGACUUUAGCAAAUAUCUUUUGAAUGAGAUAAAAUCAUAUCAUUAUUGUUAUAAAGAACGUAGCAAUAUUCUACAAUGCUAUGGAGUUACAAAAAAUCCUGAUACAAAUGAAUAUAUGAUAGUAAUGCAAUAUGCAAAAGAAAAUUUGCAUGAAUAUUUACAAAAACAUUUCGCAAAUAUUGAAUGUCUUAAGACCAUUCACAAUGUAAAUUUUAUACAUCGAGAUCUUCAUAGUGGAAAUAUAUUACUAAUAGACCAUGAAUGCCAGAUUGGAGAUUUAGGAUUAUCACAACCUGCAAAUAAUCCAUUAAAUAAUGACAUAUAUGGAGUAGUACCUUAUAUUGCGCCGGAAAUAUUUCUUGAUGCUUCAUUUUCAAAAGCUUCUGAUAUUUAUAAAAAUGCUACCUCUCGUUCAUUAUAG